AUGGAGGAUCACAAAACGUUAGAAGAGAUAUCAAUUGAAAUGUCGGUGGAUGGUACUGGCACUGAAGACAUAUCGAACGAACCUGCUAGAAAAAUGCCUGAACUGAGAGUCAACACGGCUCGAUCCGACGAUUCCGAGUGCAAAACAUCGUCGUCGUCGUCAGGACGGAAGAAACGCUUCCUGAGCCCGUCUGAAACGCUUGUGAAAACGUUUAGUCCAAUCGUAUCACCAGCGAUUAUUGCUGCCAAGACUGUGAUUCCCAAGGUGGAACCUAUCAGCUUCAGAACCUUUUGUGGCUUGACCUUCAAAGUGGCCAUACCUGUCAUUCUUUAUAUCUUAUUAUUCACAACCAUGGGGUUUGGAGAAUCAUGUUUCUCUUAUUUGGCUGAAAUGUACGGAAAGUAUUCAGAAAUUGUUGGUGUGGGGACUGCUGCCUUUAUCCUGGCUCUGUAUAUGUUGGACUCUUCAUCCUGGAACUCAAAUACAGGAAAACAAAUUGCCGUGGCGUGUUGGAGCAUUGCAAUCGCUGGUAUCAUCGUCUUGAUUCUGCUUCUUGCAGAUAAAUUUCCAUAUGGGCCACUAGCAUUUUUUGCCACAGUGACGCCCCUGUGGCUGGUGGUGCUGAAGGGUGUCUCCUUUUCUGAACUUACAACACGGACGUAUAUUAGUUGGUUAUCUGGUCCGCUCUAUUUCACCAGCCUUCUCACGGGAGUUCUUUGGUUGGGUUGGACCUUCUUGAGAGAUGAGAACGAAUGGAAUAAUGUUACGAGGUUCACCUAUGCAGAUGAUUACGGAUGUCUGCCUGAUUUGGCCGAGUUUCCAGAGUGCGAGAGCAAGAUGUAUCCUGGAGAAGUCUGUGUGACUUAUUCAGAGGGAAUCUUUCAGUAUGAUACUGCUUCAACAGGAUUGGAUGCCUCCGCUGCCACCGCCGACGCACACUGCCCUCAGUCAUGCUCUCGAAUCUAUCACAACUGUCUGAACACAUUCAUUCUAUGGAUCGGCCCCCUCAUGACCAGUUUGAUCCUUCUUUUUCUCAGUUUCUUCACAACCUUUCUAAAGACCGACAUUGGCGAAAGAGACAUGAUCAACUUUGGAAAGCUCUGGCUGGUCUUGCUGUUUGCUGUUUGGGUGGCAUCUUCGCUUGCGGGAGUUGCUGCAGGGCUAACAUCGGCAUUGAUGGCACUAACGUUGGCUUCAUUUGUUGGUUCAGCAGUCUUUGUCAGUGCGUCGAUCAGCUAUUCAGAACAAAAGGACUAUGCCAAGUCGUUAAGGAACCGAGUGUUGGAAAAGUACGGAAGCCUCUUGGACAUCACCAAAGGUUUGGCUGUUGCCAUGUUAUCGCCUGCUUUCCUGGUCUAUCUUGGUCUUGAUAUUGUGAACCAAGCCGUGCGAAAAAUUGGCUUGAGGUGCUCCAAACAAUUCAAGACAGAGGAAGAGAAAUCAGAUAUCUUUACCCGGAAAGCAAGACGGCACAUUGAGGCCAUCCGAUCAUGGGAAAGAAGUACCGUAUUGACAUAUGCCAUCUACUGGGGAGGGGCUUUCUUUCUCAUGAAUGUUGCCGUUGCCAAAUUGACAGUCCUUUUCUUGUCAUGGCUCAUCCAAAUUACCAGCUCCUUUGGAUUGGGAGCUGUGACCGGAAUUAUGGUUGGCGUCGGUCUGCUCAUGUUUCUGUUGCCACCGGUGCCCGGAGUUCCAAUCUAUUUGACCUCUGGAAUUGUCAUGCUUGCAGCUGGACGUGAUGUACUUGGCAUUACUGGAUCCCUUGUGUAUGGGUGCUUUGUGUCUCUGAUAUUGAAGCUGUUGGCAUGCACACUUCAACAAAAAGUUAUCGGCGAAAACCUUGCAAACUUUGUUUCUGUGAGACGGCUGGUUGGGAUAAACUCGGACCUCAUCAAAUCCAUGAAACUGAUACUCAAUGAGCCGGGUAUGAGCUAUGCCAAAGUCGCAAUCUUGGUUGGUGGGCCCGACUGGCCCACUUCAGUCUUGUGUGGUCUGAUGAAGCUCGACUUGAUUCCAAUUCUAUUGGGAACAAUUCCAGUUGCAAUUAUCAUUGUUCCGACCCUUUUGACAGGUUCUUUCACCUAUAUGGCGUCACUGGAGCUAGAAAAUGGAGAAAAAGAGUUUCCUUGGGCUUCCGUCCUGAAAACAAUUAUGGCUGCCAUUUCUGCCAUGGUACAAAUCUCAGCAAUGAUCACCGCAGCUUACUUCCUAGAGCAAACGUCCUCCACAAGGAGAGAGGAGAUCGCUGCAUUGGAAGUGGAUAAAGAAGUGAAGGAACUUGAAGACAAAGACCAACGAUUCAAUGAAUGCUACAAAUUAGCUACGAAGUGGGCAGAUUUGCCAACAUUGCCGAAGGCGAUCUUGACGUUGGCUGUCUUAAGCAUGAUUUUCGCUUGCUAUAUGGUUCAACUGUUCUCUGCGGAUUGUUUCGCAACAUAUCAGCUGACCUAUACCAUUGAAGAAAAUUUGGAUGGAAACUGGCUAAACUUGAUUCUUCCUCUUGGAAGAAUAGCCAGCCUCUUAUUUUUUGUUUCCUGCGGCCUGCUGUUGGUGUACAUGCAAUGGGCAACCAAAGCGGCCAAAGAAAUUCUCACGGACGGGGUUGUCGAUAACGCACAUAGACCAGAUUCAGUCACAAAGUUGGAUAGCCCGAGUGAUGAAGAGAGCAAACAUGAAAUCAUACUUUCAAAAUGCUGA